UUUUUUUUGGUUAAAUUUAGUUCUGUCCUCGAGUGAAAAACCCUAAUGUCAAUCGCUGUUUUGUACAAGUGCAAGUAAAAGAACAAUAAAGAGAAACAAAAUCUCCAUAGCAAAGCCCAGCACUAAAACCAAAAACAUCCUCUUUCGGUCGCCAUUUCCAUACCUUCUCUUCCUCACUCCAUCAAAAUGGAAAUGGCCGUAUGCGAAAAUCUAUCGUCUUCCAAGUCCAUAUUCACGCAACAUUCUUCGAUUUUCUCUUCCAAGCUCUACUCGACGAAAUCAAACACCUUUCGCUUAACUUUCUGCUCCAACGAGCUCCGAGCAUCAAAACCCACUGCUACAUUGAGCACACGACUACCAUGGCCGAAGCAAUUGGCUUCCUUGUCGAAGCCAAAAAGAGUGAACGCCGUUCGCAGCAAACAGGUAAUCUACAAUGGCAUAGUGGGAGAAGAAGCACCUUCAGCUUCCAAGGUGGGCAAACGAACGGAUAUCAAGAAGAUUAUGAUACUGGGUGCUGGGCCAAUUGUGAUUGGGCAAGCUUGCGAGUUCGAUUAUUCAGGUACCCAAGCUUGUAAAGCUCUCAAAGAAGAAGGAUACGAAGUGGUUUUGAUCAAUUCGAACCCGGCAACCAUCAUGACCGACCCGGAUUUGGCCGACAGAACUUACAUUACGCCGAUGACACCGGACUUGGUCGAGCAGGUUAUUGAAAAGGAACGCCCUGAUGCUCUCUUGCCCACAAUGGGUGGGCAGACCGCGCUGAACUUGGCAGUGGCGUUGGCAGAAAGUGGUGUUCUUGAGAAAUUCGGGGUCGAAUUGAUUGGAGCAAAGCUCGAAGCAAUUAAGAAAGCUGAGGAUAGAGAUUUGUUCAAGCAGGCAAUGAAGAAUAUUGGGAUUAAGACACCACCUUCUGGGAUUGGAACCACACUCGAAGAAUGUAUCGAAAUUGCGAAUGAGAUUGGUGAGUUCCCUUUGAUUAUUAGGCCUGCAUUCACAUUGGGUGGUACUGGAGGUGGGAUUGCUUACAAUAAGGAGGAAUUUGAGAUCAUUUGCAAGGCGGGUUUGGCGGCGAGCUUGACCACUCAGGUCUUGGUGGAGAAGUCCUUGUUGGGCUGGAAGGAGUAUGAGCUUGAGGUUAUGAGAGACUUGGCUGACAAUGUGGUUAUCAUAUGCUCCAUUGAGAAUAUUGACCCAAUGGGAGUGCAUACUGGGGAUUCAAUCACUGUAGCUCCUGCCCAAACUUUGACUGAUAAAGAGUACCAGCGGCUGAGGGACUACUCCAUAGCAAUUAUAAGGGAAAUUGGGGUUGAAUGUGGUGGUUCUAAUGUCCAGUUUGCUGUAAAUCCCGAUGAUGGUGAAGUGAUGGUGAUUGAGAUGAAUCCGAGGGUGUCACGGUCAUCGGCAUUGGCGUCCAAGGCUACAGGUUUCCCUAUAGCGAAAAUGGCUGCCAAGCUAUCUGUUGGUUAUUCUUUGGAUCAGAUUCCUAAUGACAUUACAAAGAAGACGCCAGCCAGUUUUGAGCCUUCAAUAGAUUACGUGGUGACAAAGAUCCCUCGGUUUGCUUUUGAAAAAUUUCCUGGGUCGCAGCCAAUACUGACAACACAGAUGAAAUCUGUUGGUGAAUCAAUGGCACUUGGGCGCACAUUCCAAGAAUCCUUUCAGAAAGCACUUCGAUCUUUGGAAUGUGGCUACUCCGGAUGGGGUUGUGGGAAGGUUAAGGAACUUGAUUGGGACUGGGACCAGUUGAAGUAUAGCCUACGAGUCCCUAGCCCAGACCGCAUCCAUGCUGUAUAUGCUGCCAUGAAGAAGGGGAUGAAGGUAGAUGAUAUUCAUGAGAUGAGUUACAUUGACAAAUGGUUUCUCACGCAGCUUAAGGAGCUAGUAGAUGUGGAGCAAUUCCUUCUGUCUCAUAGACUGUCUGAUCUUACAAAGGAUGACUUACUUGAAGUGAAAAAAAGAGGCUUUAGUGAUAAGCAAAUAGCUUUUGCCACUAAAUCUUCUGACAAAGAAGUACGGUUAAAGAGGCUCUCUUUAGGUGUAUCUCCAUCAUAUAAGCGGGUAGAUACUUGUGCUGCUGAGUUUGAGGCUAAUACUCCUUAUAUGUAUUCUUCCUAUGAUUUUGAGUGUGAAUCAGCUCCCACUCAAAGAAAGAAGGUCUUGAUUUUAGGUGGAGGACCAAAUCGAAUUGGUCAGGGAAUUGAAUUUGAUUACUGCUGUUGCCACACAUCCUUUGCGCUUCAGAAAGCAGGAUAUGAGACAAUCAUGAUGAACUCGAAUCCUGAAACAGUUUUGACAGAUUAUGACACAAGUGACCGUCUAUAUUUUGAACCCCUGACCGUUGAAGAUGUGCUGAACAUUAUUGAUCUGGAACGCCCUGAUGGUAUCAUUGUGCAGUUUGGAGGUCAAACACCUCUUAAGCUGGCUCUACCUAUUCAACAGUACUUAGACGAGCACAAGCCUCAGAGUGCAAGUGGGACUGGCCCUGUACACAUUUGGGGUACGACACCUGAUUCCAUAGAUGCUGCAGAGGACAGAGAGAGAUUCAAUUUAAUUCUUAAGGAGCUAAAUAUUGAGCAGCCAAAAGGAGGAAUUGCCAAGAGUGAUGUUGAUGCUCUUUCCAUUGCAACAGACAUUGGCUACCCUGUUGUUGUCCGUCCUUCCUAUGUUUUGGGAGGGCGGGCUAUGGAGAUUGUAUACAGUGAUGACAAACUUAUAACCUACCUUGAAACUGCUGUGGAGGUGGAUCCGGAACGUCCUGUGUUGAUUGACAAAUAUUUAUCUGAUGCCAUUGAGAUUGAUGUUGAUGCACUGGCUGACUCCCAAGGUAAUGUUGUGAUUGGUGGGAUCAUGGAGCACAUAGAGCAGGCUGGGGUCCAUUCUGGUGAUUCUGCUUGCUCAAUUCCAACAAAAACCAUCCCAUCUUCUUGCUUGGAUACAAUUAGGUCAUGGACUAAAAAAUUGGCAAAGAGGUUAAAUGUGUGUGGGCUCAUGAACUGUCAGUAUGCAAUUACAGUGUCUGGGGAGGUCUUCUUGCUUGAGGCAAAUCCUCGUGCGUCUCGUACUGUCCCAUUUGUGUCCAAGGCAAUUGGACAUCCAUUGGCUAAGUAUGCUUCCCUUGUCAUGUCUGGAAAGUCUCUUUAUGACCUAGGUUUUACUGAAGAGGUGAUCCCUGCACAUGUUUCGGUGAAGGAAGCUGUCCUUCCAUUUGAAAAAUUUCAGGGUUGUGAUGUGCUGCUAGGGCCUGAGAUGCGUAGCACUGGUGAGGUGAUGGGUAUAGAUUAUGAGUUUCCCAUUGCGUUUGCCAAAGCUCAAAUUGCAGCUGGACAGAAGCCACCCCUUUCAGGCACUGUAUUCUUAAGCUUGAAUGACUUGACGAAGCCACAUCUUGAAAGGAUAGCAAAGGCCUUCCAAGGGCUAGGAUUUAAGAUUGUUUCAACUUCAGGAACAGCUCACAUUCUUGAAUUAUCAGGAAUUCCAGUGGAACGAGUGUUGAAGUUGCAUGAGGGGCGGCCACAUGCUGGUGAUAUGGUUUCUAAUGGGCAAAUCCAGUUAAUGGUAAUUACAAGUUCAGGUGAUGCACUUGACCAGAUUGAUGGGCGGCAGCUGAGGAGGAUGGCCCUUGCAUACAAGGUUCCCGUAAUAACAACAGUUGCUGGAGCUUUGGCAACUGCAGAAGCAAUAAGGAGUUUAAGGUCAAGCACUGUUAAGAUGAUUGCACUUCAAGACUACUUCAAUGUUGGAUCGGAAACAGAGAGUAGUAAAAAUUUGCAGUCAGCAUCUUCCCCCUUAUAAAUUAACUAGGAAUUUGGUAAGCACUCCUUUAUUGCUUUUCGCUAUAUGUCUAGCUGUGUAUCAGUUAUCGUCGUUUGAGACAAGCUAUUAUUUUAGUGCUUUUGGGUCGAAAUUCUUCCAUUUUCAUCUGUUUCCCUACCUUUUUCUUUGUGUGCGUCGUGUGUAGUUUACGUAAGAUUAAGAGGUUGCAUGGUAGAGGUAUUUUGGAAAGUGGUGUCCAUGAUUGCUUUUGGCAUUGGACAAUGUGCUAUAUAAAUAACAUAACUUUUUAGAUA